AUGGAUAGUUCUCCCGAUUUAUCAUUGAAGCUCCGCCGGGGGUCAAGUGACUCUAGAGAUUCAUUUUAUAUGGACUUCGCUCAAGGUAUUGACUCUGAUAUAGAAGAAGUAGCUACAACUUCCGGCACUGGAACUUUGGCUACUGUUCAGGAAACUAUGCACUCUCCUACCUGCCCGAAUAAGGAAAGCAAUUUUCCAAGAGCGUCAUCUUCUGCUCUGGUGCCUUCUCCUUCAGCAGUUGUGGCCGCUCUGGUGUCUCCUGAAACGUUAAGCCAGCAUUCUUCACCAGCGCGGAGAGCGCAAAGAGUUACAAUAGAGCCUGUCAAAAUUCAACCUGCUCCUUUAUCUGUGAUGUACCAUUCUCACCAUCAUCAUCAUCAUUUGGGCCAGUUGCCACCAGCACGAAGAGCUAGCAGAUUACCAGAGCCUAGGUUGACGCCAAUCAGAGAAAUAAGACCUGGCGAUGCAUUGGCGACGACUUUAUCUGCGUUAUAUGGCAAAUUAUUAGUGGUGAUGGGAAUAGCCUUUCCAAUGGCCGAAGUUAUUUCUACAUACAUACCACCUUCGUUUUAUGAAGGGUUUUAUUUGUAUCUGUAUAUCGGAAGCAUGGUCUUCUUAAUGUUUAUGUACAUUACACUGUUAUGCGGGAAACCAAAGGGAAGCAAAUCAGCAUCAAAGCGUGACAAGAGCGAAAAACGUGCACAACGUGGUUCUUCGUCAGACGAUGAAGAAUCUGAUAGUGGAGGUCGCGAGUCGAUCUCAUCCCAGAGUUCAGGCCCUUGUCCAGGUCCUGGCCCUAUUCCAGGGAUAUCUCCAGGCGCCCGACGAGCGUCAAUAAUGUCCACAACUGUCGGCGUGCGAAGGCAGCAUUACGGAAGCUUUUAUCUGCGCAUGGGUGCCGUUGCUUUUGGAAUAGGAAGCAUGAUAUACUCUGGAUUAGAAUUUGGGCAAUAUUUUGAAUUGGAAAGAGAUACAAAGUGCCAUAACGUUCUGCUAGCACUCACCCCAGCCACAAGGAUGGCAUUCAUAUUUAUACAAAUGUAUUUUAUAUUUCUUAACAAUGAGCAAAUAAAAGUAUAUCGUCAUAAAAUCAUGGCACGGUUCGGACUGAUGCAUAUGAUCGGGACGAAUUUAUCGGUUUGGCUGAACGUACUUGUUCAGGAAACAAAGCACGAAAUAUUAACUUUCUACAAUCCAGAAAAUAGAACGUUGAGAAUAUCUCACAGAUUGGGUGAUAAAGGUAGUCAUGUUGUUCCUCAUAUUGAUCAUCAUGGAGAACAUACAAGAUUUGCCAGAGGCUUAAAAGGACCUCAUAACAUUUACGAAUGCCGGAGAACAAAUAUUAUGGGCUCUUUAGUUCAGGAUGCAUCGCCUUUUCUUUUUCCCUGUACAAUUGAAUAUUCGUUGAUAUGUGCUGCCAUAUUAUAUGUAAUGUGGAAGAACAUAUCAAGACCCAUAGAGCCGACUAUGGUGAUUCAAGAAGGUCCACCGUCUUGUAAAAGAUCUCCGCAUCAUUACUCAGUGGAUUGCGCGCGUGCUCACAAAGGGCUCUUCGUUGGAAUUUUAAUCCUAGUUCUGACAAUAAUCUCAUUGAUAUUAUUCUUCGUACUCAUAUCUCGUCCAGAAUUUGUUAGUUUGGCUGUGACAGAAGUCAAUAUCUGUGAGCUGACUUUGUAUGCGAUGGCCACUGCAGCAACUUUGCUGGGAAUGGUCCAGGUUCGACCGCUGCGAUAUGACUCUGCUCGCAGUUUAGAACUCGAUGAUAUUCUCUUAGUAGGCGCCCAAACAGGCUCCUUUCUUUACAGUACCUUCACUGUGAUCGGUGGUCAUUUUACAAUGCAAAGAGACACGGUACUCGUUCUUAUUACAGCUUUAGCAUCACUGCUUCAAACUGCUUGUCAAACUAUGUUCGUGUUGGACGCCAGUAGACGAUCAGCAGCAACUCCUGAGCAUAUGCGCAGGAAGCCAGGAAGAGAAAUUGUGACUUUCUUACUGGUGACGAAUUUAGCUAUGUGGGCUAUAAAUACUUUGGAGAAAUCCAGGGCUGAAAGUCAUCCUAUUCAGUUGCACUUUUAUGGAUUGUGGGCCUGGACAAUCAUAACCCAUGUUUCGAUGCCUUUGGCUAUUUUUUAUAGAUUCCAUAGUACGGUGUGCUUGUGCGAGAUUUGGAAACGGGCUUAUAAGAUGAAACCUGCAUAUAUGUAGGAAUAGUUUGUUAAAUAAAUAAUAGCUAUAUUUGCGACUGAUUU